GAAUUUCACAACAUCCCACCGACCACGAUCCGCUCCGCGCUCACUUCAAAGCAAAGCCUGAUAAUCUGUGGAACUUCUGUUCUGCGAAUCACGAUACGGUGUAAUGUCGCUCCAGCACUUUGGCAAGGGUGCUCUCCGUGUCGCCAAAAAUUAUACCAAGGGUUAUUCAGACACGCAGGCAAAAGUUCGGGAUGCAACAUCUAAUGAUCCAUGGGGGCCAUCAGGAACUCAGAUGAACGAGAUCGCUCAGCUGUCAUACAAUCAGAAUGACUUCGUCGAGAUCAUGGAAAUGCUUGACAAAAGGUUGAAUGAUAAAGGCAAGAAUUGGCGACAUGUAUUCAAGUCACUCACCGUGCUGGACUACCUCCUACACGCUGGUUCUGAGAAUGUCGUCUUAUAUUUCCGUGACAAUUUAUACAUCAUAAAAACACUCAAGGAAUUCCAAUAUCUGGAUGAAGACGCGAAAGAUUGCGGGGCCAACGUCAGGCAGAAGGCUAAGGAUAUCUCCAACCUCCUUAGUGAUCCAGCACGUCUACAGGAGGAGCGCCGGACUCGGGCAAGCAUGCGCGACAGAAUGAUAAGAGGGCAAGGCAAUGGAGAAGAAGACGAAGAUGGUGGGAGGAGGAGCUUUGCACCUCCUCCUGGAACGCCCCCGCGGAAGGCCAACCGUGGUGCCGAUCGUGAUGAAGACGAGCUCCGUAAGGCGAUCGAAGCAUCGAAAAGGACUCUUGCGGAGGAACAGGGCCGGAAAGCUGAAGAGCAAGACCUUGCCACAGCAAUACGAUUAAGUGAGGAAGAGGAGGCGAAAAGACAUAAGGCCGUUGAAGACUCAAAUGCUCACGCGUUAUUCGAUGAUCAAGCGCAGAUAUCCUCGCCGAACGGUUCCAACAGUAACAAUCCAUUUCCUUUUAUCGAUCCUACUCCAUAUGCAACAGGCUUGCAACCUCAGCCCCAGAUGCAACCGCAGUACACUAUUCAGCCUCAAUACACGAUGCAGCCACAGUUUACAUCAUUUAACCCAUACCAACAGCAGGCGCAACAGGAAGCAAUGCAGGCAGAGUAUUUGAGGCAACAACAAGAAUGGCUUCGUCAACAGCAAGAAGCACAAGCACAAGCUCAGCAACUGGCCCAACAAGCGGCGCAAGAGGAAUGGUUCAGACAACAACAACUUCAAGCUCAACAACAACAACAGCAGCAGCAGCAAGCCUUAUUUGCGCAACCAACUGGAUUCGGUUCCAAUAAUCCCUUCGCUCCUGCUUCUUCGCCUAUCCCAGUAUCAUCAGGGACACCAGUCAAUGGCACCUCUGGACCAUCAUUUAAUCUUCAAGGAACCUACUCUAACUCGAAUGCACCUUCUUACAACUCUUCACCUGUACCCUCACAAGUGUCGUCACCUUCCCCAGCUGUCAGCAGCACAUCCACAGGCGCAGGUGCGGGCCGUGGUGGUCCGAGUCGGGCAGACCAAGAGCACUCGCAUCUUGCCAAUCUGUUUGCCAAUCGCGACGAUGGUCAAGAUACAUUCGGGAAUGUCGGCACACUGCGCUACGGGCACACGCAAGCGGGUUUGCUGGCAGCACAGAAGACAGGACUUGGGACCAAAAAUAACCCCUUCCAGUUGCAGCAGCAGCAACAGGGUCAGAAUGCAGAGCAGCCAUUUUUCUCUAUCUGAGGAGAGGCCGAUGGGUGGACGGUGUAAUGAUGAUUUAUCGCUGGAUGAUGACUUGGAUUAUGAAUUUCCUUUUGUCCCUGUGUCUCGGAUUUCUGAUGUUGUAUUUAUUACCUCUCUUCCUUACUUUUUGUGAAACUACCCGAUACCAAAUUUUACACUUCUGACACAGCUUCUCGACCGUCUUACAUAAUAACC